CCCCAAGUGCCCGCCUACUCCACCUAUAAAACCCUUAGACACACUCACUGCUUUUACGUGUUCUCAUUUUCCUCAAAUCACCGCCGUCCCCCGCCAAUGGCUACCUCCUCAGCUUCCCAAUCCCUCCGCCUCCGAAACCCUACCACCACCACCACCUCUCUUUCUCUCUCCUCCAAGCUCCCUCUCUCCUCUGCCUUCUCCGUCUCCCUCCGCCCCCGCCGCGCUUCCUACCGUCGCCUCGUCCUGGUCGUCUCCGCCGGCCUCGACGCCAAACCGACGAUCCUCGUCGCCGAAAAGCUCGGUGAGGCUGGCCUUAACCUCCUCAAGGACUGCGCCAACGUCGAUUGCUCCUACAACCUCUCCCCCGAGGAGCUCUGCACCAAGAUCUCGCUCUGCGACGCCCUCAUCGUCCGCAGUGGGACCAAGGUCAGCCGUGAGGUGUUUGAAUCCUCCGGAGGCAGGUUGAAGGUCGUCGGUAGGGCCGGCGUGGGUAUUGACAAUGUGGAUCUGGCCGCCGCCACCGAGCAUGGCUGUUUGGUCGUGAAUGCGCCGACUGCCAACACUGUCGCCGCCGCCGAGCACGGGAUCGCUCUCUUGGCCGCUAUGGCUAGGCGCCGAGCACGGGAUCGCUCUCUUGGCCGCUAAGCUGACGCCUCCGUUAAAGCCGGCAAGUGGCAGAGGAACAAGUAUGUUGGUGUAUCGCUUGUUGGGAAAACACUUGCGGUUAUGGGUUUUGGAAAAGUUGGCACUGAAGUUGCCCGGAGAGCCAAGGGACUCGGUAUGCAUGUUAUUGCACAUGAUCCAUAUGCCCCAGCUGAUCGUGCCCGUGCAAUUGGCGUGGAACUUGUGAGCUUUGAUGAAGCCUUAUCCAAAGCGGAUUUCAUCUCAUUGCACAUGCCUCUCACGGCUGCCACAUCAAAGAUUCUCAACGAUGAAACUUUUGCAAAGAUGAAGAAAGGAGUCCGCAUUGUUAAUGUUGCUCGUGGAGGAGUCAUCGAUGAAGAUGCCCUAGUGAAGGCGCUGGACGCUGGAAUUGUUGCACAGGCUGCCCUUGAUGUUUUUACCGAGAAGCCACCAGCUAAAGACAGCAAGCUUGUACUGCAUGAGAAAGUCACAGCAACUCCUCAUCUAGGUGCCAGCACUAUGGAAGCACAGGAAGGAGUAGCUAUUGAAAUAGCCGAAGCUGUUGUUGGAGCCUUGAGAGGAGAGCUUGCUGCCACUGCAGUCAAUGCGCCAAUGGUUCCUGCUGAGGUUUUGACAGAACUGAAGCCUUUUGUUGAGCUUGCUGAAAAACUCGGGAGACUUGCUGUCCAGUUAGUAGCAGGAGGAAGCGGUGUAAAGAACGUAAAAGUGACUUAUGCUUCAGCUAGAGCUCCUGAUGACCUUGACACUAGGCUGCUUCGUGCCAUGAUCACCAAGGGUCUCAUUGAGCCCAUAUCAAGUGUGUUUGUGAACUUGGUUAAUGCCGAUUUCACUGCUAAACAGAGAGGACUUAGAAUAACUGAAGAGAGAGUCAUUUUGGAAGGUUCACCUGAGAGUCCACUUGACUUCAUUCAGGUCCAAAUUGCUAAUGUGGAAUCCAAGUUUGCCAGUGCCAUUUCAGAGACUGGGGAGAUCAAAGUGGAGGGACGUGUUAAAGACGGGAUUCCUCAUCUGACAAAGGUUGGGUCGUUCGAGGUCGAUGUGAGCUUGGAAGGCAGUAUCAUACUCUGCAGACAGGUUGAUCAGCCUGGUAUGAUUGGAACAGUUGGAAGCAUUUUGGGACAAGAAAAUGUUAAUGUUAGUUUCAUGAGUGUCGGAAGAAUUGCUCCAAGAAAGCAGGCGGUGAUGGCAAUUGGAGUGGAUGACCAACCAAGCAAGGAGGCUUUGAAGAAGAUUGGUGAUGUUCCGGCCAUUGAAGAGUUUGUUUUCCUCAAGUUGUAGUGUAUGUCGUCACAUUAUCGCAAUAUUUUUCCCCCAGGGCUUUUGGUUUCUCCUUCGUAGUGGGCAUUAUUCCUACAUCUGUAGCCAGAUUUUGAUUAUUUCUCCCCUUUUUUCCCCUUCUUUUUGCGGGUAGGUUUAGAGUGAGGAUGAGGAAAGAAUAAUAAUUAAGGCUAUUGAUAAAAUCGAGCAAAAAAAAAAAAAAAAAGGCUUGCGAUAAAAAAAAGAAUGUGCUUUUUAUUUUUAUUUUUAUUUUGGGAGAUGUCAUUGUUAUCCUUAAUGCUAGUCCAUGUUUUCUUUUUGCAAUGCCCUAUGGAUCUGCUGCUGCUUUUUCAUUA